AUGAUCAAGGCCUAUUAUCGCUCCACUACUGCGAGAGUCCUGGUCCGCAACAAUCUUUCCCAAUCGUUCGGUAUUCGGUCUUGCGUUCGACAGGGUGGUAUCCUGUGGCCCUUUCUGUCUAACUAUGCUAUUGACUGGAUCCUCGGGAGGGCCCUACACGAAGGUGAGGGUGCCGAUUUUGCACCCGGACACCGACUGACUGAUCUCGACUAUGCCGAGGAUAUCGCCUUACUUGCUUCCGGUUUUAGUGAUCUGCAGUCUGUGGUGUCACGGGUGAACGAGGUCUCUAAAUCGUUCGGUUUAUCCAUAAACGUUGGGAAGACCAAAGUGCUUUCAAACUGCAUCCCUGAACAGGAGAAGGCACCCCUCGGAAUUGAUGGUUAUCAACUUGAAGAAGUAGACAGUUUUAAAUACCUCGGGGGGAGGCUGCUGCCUAAUGGACAGAGUAAGGACGACAUUGUCUCCCGAACUGAUGCUGCACGCAGGAUUUUCUCAGGCCUUCGGAAAUGCCUAUGGAUCCGAUGUGACCUCUCCAUCGCCAAUAAGAUUCGCGUGUACCGUGCAUCUGUCUGGUCUGUCCUUCUCUACGGUUGUGAAUGCUGGGCUUUGCCCAUGGAGGACGAGCGAAAACUGGAGGUAUUUGACCACCACUGCUUGAAGACCAUCCUUCGAGUGAAGUUCACCGACUUCGUCUCAAAUGAGACAAUCCGCGAGGAUAACUCAGGCCAUCCGAGAAAGACGACUGAGGUGGUUCGGGCAUGUUCUCCAUCGUCCACCUCAGGAACUGUGUUACUUUCCUCCUCCCUGCACCGUUGCCCCAUUGGAGGCGUCGAAGUGGGGAUCAGUUCAAAACCUGGCUCGACACAGUUCGUCAAGUCAUGGAGGUAG